AAAAAAGCGGAAAAUCAAAUUAAAAGAGGAAGUUUUUUUCUUGCCGAAGUUUAAAAAAAAAAAUUGUAGGACAAAAGUUGACUCUAAAAGCAUGUUAUAUGAAUUUGUUUUGUUCAUUACUGAUGAUCAAAUCACAUUUGACUUUAUCUCUUAAUUUAAAUCAUUUAAAAAAUGUUAUUAUUUUAUUAUUAGGAUAACAUUUUACAUACUACCCAUGUUUGUCUUUUUCACAGUUUGUUUAUUAUUAUUAUUAAUUUUGUUUGCAUGUUCUUGAGUAGCUGUAUGAGAUAUGUACAGGAAGUUACUUGAAAGGGGGGGGGUCUUACAGGCAGAUAUACUGUAUCCAUCACUUUGGGGAAGAACAGGCGGCGCAUGUAAGUGUCUGCGGGGACUUGUCAUACACACUUGUGCAACAUGGCUGAUAGUUACACUGUUCUGAACUGUGUGUCAACUUUAAUUCUUUUGUGGAUGCGACUGUCAGGAGCACACCGAGCAGAAGAAGUGGAAUUGUUCCAUUCGGAGAAACACAGUAGUUUCAAUUGGAUAUCUGAGCCACGCAAAGCAUGGACUACAAUCCCGCUGAGAAAUGUUCCGGCUCUUCAAGCGUGCGGGAAGCAAAGAACAAGGACUAUUUUAAGUCAAUGGAUAGAGCGUAAAGAUGCUCGUCAUCUUCUGAUGGACAUCACUUUUGCUCAGCAAGAGGAGCCAUCUGGUCAGAACAGCAGUCUGCAAGUUCACUUAUUUGACUCCGAUGUACCCACUAUGAGAUUCCCACAGAGCUUUACCAUACUGAACCUUCAGGACUCCAAGCCAUUUCACAAGAAAUCCUCCCUCAGCCAAAUUUACAAUCAUCUGAAGCACAUCUCAGAGCUGAACCUGGGUGCUGUUGGCCAUGUUGGAUUCCAGCUGGGUUUUUCUUAUUCUGGAGCAUGUUUGCUGAUCACAUCAAUCAGGCUAUACUACAGGAGGUGCCCUGCGGGGCAGUCAGACCUAGUCUGGUUUGACGGCACCGUGGCUGGCUCAGAAGCCUCUGAAGGUUCUUGUGUGGAGGGAGCGGAGAUGCUUUCUGUGCCCGUGAGAAAAUGUGAUGCGCUUGGUGUAUGGGGUCCUUUGCAAGGGAGGUGCGCUUGCAAAGCCGGGCAUCAGGAUCUGAAUGGAACCUGCCAAGCAUGCAGGAUCGGAUAUUAUAAAGCACCCCAGGAGGACGGGGAGUGCCAACCAUGCCCACCAAACAGCAGGACGCUUGAGGAGGCAUCAGAGAGAUGUGACUGUUUGAAGGGCUUCCACCGCCUUCCACAUGACCCUGAUGACCUUGGUUGCACCAAGCCACCUUCUGCACCUAGCAAUCUAAUGGCGCAUCUUCUUAACAACUCUGUGUUGACCUUAACGUGGGAUCCUCCUCAUGACUGGGGCGGCCGGCAGCAAGUGACUUACCGGGUCGAAUGCGAGGAGGAAGCUGAGAGCAGACACGGCCAGUGGGGGGCGUGUGGGGGUGGUGUGUUUUUUUCUGCCGACUCAGCCGGACUGACCAGCACUUCCGUGACAGUCAUGGGACUCGACCCACGCAGUGACUACAGGCUGACUGUGUACGGUUGGAAUGACAUCUCCAGCCUGGUGGGGCCGCCACCGUCAUCUGCCGCCUCUGUAACCAUUCAUAAAUUUGUUAUGACAGUGACACCAAUUCUAAAUCGGCCCAGCAAUGAAGGGACAGCUACUCCACAGCACCAAAGUCAUCUCUACACAUGGCUGACUCUUGGUGGCUUUUUUGGCUGCUUCUUCUGCAGUUUGAUGGCUGUUGUUGUCUUUGUUAAGUGUAGAAAUUCCCAUAAAAUCAGGUCAGAGGUCCAGGAAAUGCCACUUUUGCCAAUAAACACCGGAACCUCCUACAGACGCCCACAAGAGCCAGAGGCCACGCCCCCACAGGCUCAUGAGGAAGAAGGUGCAGUCCGGCUACUAGAGGGUCUGAGUGACAGGCUGCUAGCCAACCUGAGGGAUGUUCUUGUGGAGAGAAACAAACUCGAAAUGGGAAAAAAGCUGGGUAAAGGAGAGUAUGGAUGUGUCUACGAUGGGAUCUUAUCUGCGGAGGACAACGCGUGUGUCAGGGUCGCUGUGAAGACAAUGAGAGUGGGGAUAUACAGCCAGGAAGACUUAGUCGAGUUCCUGAGAGAAGCGGAGAUCAUGAAGAACUUCAAUCACAAAAACGUGGUCCAGCUUCUUGGAGUGACUUUACAGAGAGAGCAGGACCCUCAAGUGAUCAAUCCCAUGGUUAUACUACCCUACAUGAAACAUGGCGACUUGCAGCGCUUCCUCACUGCCACGCGCUAUGGUGAUAUCCCAAUGUUUGUACCCCUUCAGAGCCUCUUGCGCUUCAUGGUUGACAUUGCAGCUGGGAUGGACUACCUAAGCUCGCAGAAUUUUCUGCACCGAGAUUUGGCUGCACGCAACUGCAUGCUGGGUGAUGAUCUUGUGGUGCGUGUUGCUGAUUUUGGCCUGUCAAGGAAAAUCUACGGCAACAAUUAUUACCGUCAACAAAAAUCCAUCCGUGUGCCGGUCAAGUGGUUGGCCGUGGAGAGCCUGUCUGACUCAGUCUACACCACCAAAACUGACGUGUGGUCAUUUGGGGUCACAAUGUGGGAGAUUGCGUCUCUGGGCAGGACUCCCUACCCUGGCGUCCAAAACCAUGAGCUUCUGAACCUGCUUCUGUCUGGAUAUAGGCUAGAACCACCUGAUGGAUGUGACCACAGACUCUAUGACAUCAUGCACAGCUGCUGGGACACAGAGGAGUCGCGCAGGCCCGGCUUCAAGGAACUGGUCGAGAAACUGAAGGCUCUUUUGUCGGAGCUCCGAAUCCUGGAGCCCUGCCAGGAGGCCAGCUACAUCAACCAAGGCUUGGAAGCUGCAGCUGCUGCCUCAGGGGACCAACAAACUCACUGUCAGGCCCGAGGGGAGAAUGUUUACCAGUCCAGUCCGGUCAAUGCAGCCUAUUUGAACUUGGAGGCGGAAUACCUGAAGCGCCCUUGUAGCUAAUAAACACUUUGACAUUCACCUUCAGUGCAUUUGUAAAAUGUUCACCCACAUUCUGUUGUGUUACGGCCUUAUUCCAAAAUGAAAUAAAUUCAGUUUUCUCCUCCGAAUUCCUACACACCAUUAAUAAUUUUUUUUUAUAAAAAACGUCUUUUUUGUUUGUAGAUGUAUUAAAAAUGGAAAA